CCUCCUCGCGGUUUCCAGAUCACUCGAGGAAGCGAUGGGGAAGAAGGUGAAGGCCGUGCCGGAGUGGCUGAACAGCCCAAUCUGGUCGACCCCGCCGCCGGCGCCGGCCCCCGCGGACCCCUUCGGCGCCGACUUCGCGCGGCCAGUGGCGCCGCCCCCCGAGCCGCCGCCCUCCGUCCCGCCGCCGCCCAUGUACGAGCAGGCGGUGGGUUCCUACGCCGGCCGCGAGAGGGAAGAGGAGGGCGCUGGCGCUGGCGCCGCUCUCCGGGCGCACCUGCUCGCCGACUUCAAGUCCGCGCUGUCGAAGAAGAUGGUGAACAUGGGGGAGUUGCGGCGGCUCGCGUGCCUUGGCGUGCCCGACGGCGGCGGCGACGUGCGGCCUCCCGUGUGGAAGCUUCUCUUGGGAUAUUUGCCAACUGAAAGAUCUUUAUGGCCUUAUGAAUUGGAAAAGAAGCGGAGCCAGUACAGUGCAUAUAAAGACGAGUUUCUUCUAAAUCCUGUGGUGUGCCAGCGACGACAUCGACAGAGGAGCGAGCUUCUUCUUCAGGCGGUAACACUCGUGGAGUUGUGGUAGCACUUGUUCUUCCUUUGGUAGCACCCCUUAUUUAAAGC